UAAGUGUGGACGUCUGUGUAAGUGUGAGACCAUCAUGGUGGCAUUUAAAGGCGUCUGGACUCAGCCUUUCUGGAAAGCUGUUUCAGCAGAAUUUUUGGCCAUGCUAAUUUUUGUCCUCCUCAGCCUUGGCUCUACAAUCAACUGGGGUGGAUCUGAAAAGCCUCUGCCUGUAGACAUGGUCCUUAUCGCUCUCUGCUUUGGACUGAGCAUUGCAACCAUGGUGCAGUGCUUUGGACACAUCAGUGGUGGGCAUAUUAACCCUGCUGUGACUGUUGCUAUGGUCUGCACUAGGAAGAUCAGCCUUGCCAAGUCUGUCUUCUAUAUUGUUGCCCAAUGCCUGGGUGCCAUAGUCGGGGCAGGAAUUCUCUACCUUGUCACACCCCCAAGUUUGGUGGGAGGCUUGGGAGUUACUACGGUACACGGAGAUCUUUCCGCUGGCCAUGGACUCCUGGUGGAGUUGAUAAUUACAUUCCAGCUGGUUUUUACUAUUUUUGCCAGCUGUGAUUCAAAACGAAGUGAUGUCACUGGUUCAGUGGCUUUAGCAAUUGGAUUUUCUGUUGCAAUUGGACAUUUAUUUGCUAUCAACUACACUGGUGCCAGUAUGAACCCUGCUCGAUCAUUUGGACCUGCAGUUAUCAUGGGGAAAUGGGAAAACCACUGGGUCUAUUGGGUGGGACCAAUAAUAGGAGCUGUCCUUGCAGGUGCCCUUUAUGAGUAUGUGUAUUGCCCAGAUACUGAGUUCAAGCGACAUUUUAAAGAUGUCUUCGGUAAGGCUACCCAUCAGUCUAAAGGGAAGUACGUGGAGGUGGAUGAUAGCAGGAGCCAGAUAGAGACUGAUGACUUGAUCCUGAAGCCUGGAACGGUUCAUGUGAUUGACAUUGAGAGUGAAGACAAGAAGGGGAGUGAUCCAACCAAUGAAGUGCUCUCUUCUGUAUGACUAGCAAGGAGCACUGAAAGCAGAGAACGGCCGACUAGAAUGUCCACAGAUAUCCUUUCACCCAUUAAAGAGACAGAUCUACUGUAAACCAGACACCUGCAAUAUCUGAAAAUGUAUGGAGAUGACAGCAGCUAUGUAGUUGCUUCACCAAGCUAUACACCUGCUCAGUUUGAUUAGAAAUGUACUAUAUUUAAGAGUCCCCAUAGAUUCUUCCAAAUUCAGAAAUGUCCUUUUGGGGGAGAGAGCAUCCCCAAAGUCAAUUGGAAAGAGCUGAUAGCAUUCCCAUUUUAAUAAGGCCAUCAAAAGCAAGAUGAAAAUAGAGAUGUUUAACAUUCAGAUUGACAGUUAAGACUUAUCUUCAAAUGCCUAUAGCAUGCAGACGUAUUUAUCAGAUUAUUAUUCUGACAUUUAAUUGGCUGUUGUCAACCCUGAUUAGAAUGUCUUAUCCAUUAAAGUGUUCUUUGCAACGUUCAGUGACAAUAAUGCCAAAGUACAGCAUGUAACAGAGUCAUCCAAAUUUAAGGUAGUAUUUUUUGUUCUUAUAUAUCCUGUCAUUAUUUCUUUACAAAUUCUGAAAAAACUGUAUUUUCAUAGGCAAAAAUUGGUUCCUGUCAGUCAUCCUACCAAUUUUCAUCCAUUACAUAUCCCUGUUCUGUUGUAAAAAAUACUGCUUUCCUGCCAUUCCCCACAACUAAAAAUAUUGAAGCCAAAGGCUCUGAUCUACUGCAAUAAUGCUGUAAAACCUUUGAAUGAUUAUGUAUUGUAUGCAGGUUAGCAUAGUUGUCCAUCUGGUGAAACGUUGUCUUGAGGUUCAGCUAUUGACCAUUUAGUAUUAGCUGACUAUAGGUCAUGCAAGGAACCUGAAGGCCCACAUGUUACUCAGUAACUCAAGUAAAAGGAAAUAGAUGUUCAGGUAUCAGAAGAAAGGAAGGCGUUAUCUGUUUUCAGUGCAUUUAUUCAAACAAAUAUCACCAUGCUAAUUUAUAUAACUAAACAUUUAAAUUACUCAUCCACUUUGCUGACAAUUUUAUUUUUAUUUAUUAGCAAAAUAAAGGUGGAUUUUUAAUUUUUUUAACUGUAUUGAAGCACUGACUCAAAAAUAUUUGUAAUAACAGCUUAUAUUGAUAUGAUUGCUUUUGGUUUUGACUUUUUUUGCAAACGGAUCUCUAGUUAGUUGAACAGCAUCAAUGAUUGCGGCACUGUUCAUAUAAUCUUAUUCUUUCAUUUCUGUGGCAAAGUUUCCUCUGUUAAUUAAAUUUGACAAUAAGAAAUGCAAGCAUGUGAUGCUUUUUAGAGAAACAGGGAAAGGGAUGCCCCAAUGAUAUUACGUGCAAAAGUGCUUAAGUGACCAAUCCUUCCUUUAUAGAAGUGUUUCAACAGAGGUAGCUAAUCCAACAUAAAACCUUUAUAGAAUCUUUUUAACAAGCUCAUGGCUUUGUUCCUAACUAGUUGCAUUGGAUUUUUUGUUGUUGUCGUUGUUUUUUAGGUUUUUUUUUUAUGAUUUUGGCAAUAUGUUAUUACAGUGCUUGUUGGAACACCAUUUUCUGGCACCCUAGUUGUAUAGGUUGUAUCUACAACUUGAAAUCUGUUCAUGAUUAUUUAACUACAGUAAAAAAAAAAAAAAGGUUGUGGAUUGUAUGUAAUAGACUUCUCUGUCCUUUGAUUUACAAUGUGUGCAAGUGUGUAACUCAUUAAAAUGAGUAAGGGGGAUAUAUGUAUGUAUAUAGAGUAAUGGGAUAACAGACCACUACUAAGUUCAAAUCUGUGCAUCAUUGCAUAAGGGCAUCUCUAGCACCAAUUUAUUUCAAUAAGUAGUCCAGGCAUUAUCAUGUUAUAUUCAUAUUCCUGAUCUCAUCCUCUCUUUGAUAGCUUCUGUCUCUGUAGCAAAGGGGGAUGUUUUUCAUGAAUUGUAUAUAUCUGAUACAGGUGCCUCAUCAAAAGUCAAGAAUUCAAACAUAAGAACAUGCAAGACAAUUUCAAAUUGCACUGAAUAAUGUUGUCAUGUGCUAAGGGUGAAAUCCAUCUCUGUGCAGAGAACAGUGCAAGGUCGCUACAUAUGCUGACCAGAGAGAUUUUGCUAAACAUUUAAUAAAUGCAUGAUUUCAGCAGGCUAACUAAAAGGGACAAGUUGUACAACAUUCAUGGACUGUUAGAUAGACUUUGUUUCUUGCAUUUCAAUAUUUUAAGAUGCACAGUAUACAGUGACUCAUCACUUGUGAAGCUUGUACAGCCUCAUGUUCUUUAGAUACAAGGCUCUGGUUUUUGCACUCAUGGCUCAUCUAGACAAAAGCCAGAUACUAUGGCUGAGGUGAGCAUGAAACCAGCCAAGUCAAUACAGAGACCCUUUUUUCCCCUUGUAACACUCUUUGUUAAUGAAGUGUGGCGAACACUCAGAGCCAGUCCCAGAAGAGCGCCUCACACAAGGAAAGAAACAAUGAUAAGAUACAGAAUGUUCAACAACGAAGGGAAAAAAGGAGGCAGCCAAAACAAAUAGGACAAACUGAUGUAGAAUAUUGCCCCCUGCUCUCUAUAGACUUAGGAAGGAAGAGUCAGAAAGUGAGAUACAGUGGCUCUGCUCCUAUUCCAUUUAAAUUAGAGUCAUCAAGAAGUUUGCCAUUGACUGCAAUGGAAACAGGAUCAAGGCCUAAAGUAUGUUUUCACUGAGUCCUUUCUUAGGGCUUUCUCCUGUUCUCUGACCCAUGAUGCACUUCUAGGGAUAGCUCAGUGGUCUGCCAAACCCAGGAUUGUAAAUUCAAUCCUGGAGCGGGCCAUUUAGAGAUUGGAGGCAAAAAUCUGUCUGGGGAUUGGUCCUGCUUUGAGCAGGGGGGUUAGACUAGAUGACCUCCUGAGAUUCUAUGAUCUGUUUUUCAAAAUCAGAGGUCAAGAGAGAGCCAUCAGGUAUGCUGUUUCAUUUUGCAAGUACAUGCGUUGGAUUUGUGUUUUAUGACCCAAGCCUAAAAUAAACUCCAGCCGUACUCCUCUUUAUCAUCUGUUCUUCAGCACCACAAGGAGAGAUCACCAUUUAUCCAAGCCACAGUUUGAUCUCUCUAACAAAUUGAUUUAGCCUGAUGUAUUGAUUUUUGUGUUGCUUCUAAGUUGUUUUAUGGUGGUAUCAUUAACAUACAAUAUUUGGGUUAAACAAUAUAGACUUACACAAUCUUUUUAACUGUUUGUAUGUGUGAUUGCCUUAAUUUUUAGAAUAUAUUUAUUUGUAUUUUAGUAUUCUUUCAUGUUCACUUAUGCUAUACAUUUUUUCAGCUAUAAGUUUGUUGCAGCUCGUAAUGUAACCAAUGACCUAUUAAGUGAUAUGUGGGACAUUUAAAGCUUAAAACUUAUUUCGUUUAUUAUGGCAGAUGGUCACUGCAAUAAAUACACCAGGUGUGUCAUUAUAAUCCCAGAAACUAGAGAUGGAGAAGAGUUCUUGUAUCUGCUCUGUCAGUAUAGGAUUGUUUCUUACAAUAGAUGCACAUCAUGGCUACUGUGUUCAAAAUAUUUAUUUUUAAUUACUGUAAACCAUAGGAAAAAGAUGAACAUUGACGGUGGGGUGAACUUAAGCAAAUACUUUGUUUGCAAAUACCUUAAGUAAUCUAUCACCCAAAUGAUUACUGAUCUCAGCAAAAAUGUGAUUCCUGAAACUUCUGAUAUAUUGUAAUUCUUACCCCAUUGAAGUGUAACUAGAAGCUGUAUCAUUGACUACGAUGGGAGUAGGAGUAGGCCAAAAAUCUCAUAUCACAUGCUGUGCUUAUAUCUAGUAUAUGUGUUAGUACACAAACUUUCUGCAAUAUAUUUUGUUUCUAGUCAUCAGUACUCUGCUACAACGGUUAGUUAAAAACAUCUUUUAAAAUAAUCUUACAUAUUUCCAUCUUUUAAAUGUUUGGUUUCAAAGAUGUAACAUUUGUGCUUUGCAAUGUUUAGACUGCAGCUUAUGAAAAUGUAU